UGAAGUGAAUUUCGGCAAAGUGCCGCGCAUUCCUUACAUUGCAUUGUUUUCCUAUAGAAUCUGAAUAUAAUUUACUAAACUUGUAUUUUAGAAAAAUGCAGGCCUUUCUUAAAACUGGAAAAAUAUCAGCCUCAGCUAAGCCGUCGCCGUCCGGCACCAAGCCGACAAAGAAAAAACCGCCGGCACCAUGGGUCGAAAAAUACCGCCCAAAAACUAUCGACGACAUCGUAGAUCAGGGAGAGGUGGUUCAAGUGUUGAGAGAAUGUCUGUCGGGCGGUGAUCUGCCGCACCUGUUGUUCUACGGGCCGCCGGGCACGGGCAAGACGAGCGCUAUCCUGGCAGCGGCGCGGCAGCUGUUCGGCGACAUCUCGCGCGACCGCGUGCUGGAGCUAAACGCGUCCGACGAGCGCGGCAUACAGGUCAUCCGGGACAAAGUCAAGUCGUUUGCACAGCUCACAGUCAGCAGCACUAGACCAGAUGGGCGGCCCUGUCCUCCUUACAAGCUGGUGAUACUGGACGAGGCGGACUCCAUGACGACAGCGGCGCAGGCGGCGCUGCGGCGCACCAUGGAGCGCGAGACGCGCACCACGCGCUUCUGCCUCAUCUGCAACUACGUGUCCAGGAUCAUCCCGCCUAUCACCAGCCGCUGCUCCAAGUUCCGAUUCAAGCCGCUGGCAAGAGAAAAUGUUAUCAUGAGGCUGCGAGAGAUCUGCGAGUCGGAGGGCGUGGAGAUUGGCGACGGGUCGGUGCUGGAGCAGGCUGUGGGCACGUGCGAGGGCGACCUGCGGCGCGCGCUCACCGCGCUGCAGUGCUGCCAGCGGCUGCUGGGAGAGGUCACGGCUGAAGGGCUCGUGGAGGUGACUGGUUUGGUGCCGGAGAAACUUGUCAACGAGUACCUGGCUAUCAAGAACUAUGGGGAACUGGAACAGUUUGUUGAGAAUUUCCUAAUGGAAGCGUACUCGGCGUCGCAGUUGCUAGAGCAGGCGUCGGCGGCGGUGGUGAGCGGCGGGCACCUCACCAACCGGCAGAAGGUGCGCAUCAGCGAGAAGCUGGCCGGCUGCGCGCACCGCCUGCAGGACGGCGGCGCCGAGGCCAUGCAGCUCACGGACCUGGGCUGCGCCAUCAUCAUGGCCAACAACGACCCUUGAUACACCCCUCUCUCCACUUCUUAGGCCGAUAGUCCACUAUCAUAUGUUUAUUAUAGGUCUGUAUGCUUCCCUUUUUCUCCACCGUGAAGAAAAAGGACGGCAUGUUGCCUAUAAUCAUAUUUCCAUGAUAAACAUAUGAUAGUGGACUAUAGGCCUUAGUGUCACACGUGUGAGCGAUCUCCACCGGACUAAUAUCUAGUACGUUCAGGGAGCGUUUUAGAGUAAAGCGGACGACAAGUCGUGCGGAUCGCUGCGCGUGACACUAAACCAGCCUUAGGGUCAGCUCCAGUCGACCAAAAAUUGUACGUUACUCGCUAGUAUGAAAACGCUUACGCGUCGUCACCGUUGAACGCGUACGCAUGGUCAUACUAACGAGCGAUUUUUGGUCGGCGAAAGCCAAUGCCGCGUCAAUAUGUUUAGGGAGACUACUGUUAUCUCAUAACCGUCUUAACUGCCUAUUUGUGACGUUCUCAAGGUAAGGGACUUCUAAUCGCGCCGUAUUUUAGCUGCAAGAUGUUGACAACUAUUGGUGUCUUUCUCUAAUAUGAGAGUCCCUUAAAGCCUGACAGGACGCACCAGCAGGAGGCGCGUGACAGGACGCGCCAUGUUGCGGAAUUUCAUUACAACUAUUUUCUUCAUACUAUACUGAACUGCAUCAAAAUAAAAGCGCCCUCUUGACAAUAGUCAUAUAUUUCUGCUCAGGCUUUACCUUGAAACGUUACAAAUAGGCAGUGGUCCGUUGAAAAACCCUUUUAAAGUAUUCGUGAUACAUCCAUAUAGGCCUAAGUAAAAAUCCACGUAUUUGGCCUAAAGAAUUGGUGAGCUCGUAAAAUUAGAAGCUUGGGUCUGCAUAAGAUGCUUUAUUACUUUUAGGCAACAUAUUAUUUUAAACUGUUUUUGGUGGGCUAUUACAAUACAAAGACGAAAUUUGUUCUUAUUAUCUGUAUACUGUAUGGAUCCGGUAUCAGAAAUACCUUUUGCUUAGUUUUAAUUUUAUUACUACUAAGGACGAUUUUUAAAUUCUACCACUCGAUUUCUUGUAUUUCGACAAUAAUAUCUACACUACUAGGCAUUAUAAUCUUACUUAAAACAUUGCAACCGGUUAUUAAUCGUGAGAAAUACCAUCAGAUUCUCAAUUUCUAUCGCUCGUAUUUUGACAGCAUUCCGCUGUUUUAUUUAGAUAUUCCAAUGACAAAAUCUAGCGCUAAAUAUUAAAAUUACGUGUCUCUUGCUAUCACAUAAUCAUGUUUUUUUUUAGUAUACAUACCUCGUAAGUUGUAACAGUACCUGUGUACCCACAGAUCGGAAUGAACACUAGCAACUGACAAAGAUGUAAGGAUGCCAAAUCACAUUGAAACUGUAUCACAACUUCUUGCAACUUCAUAACAUUUAAGCUGCCGUGAGUGUUGCGGUACACGUGCGACUAUUAUGCCAUGAGUUUUUAUAACCAAGCAGUGUCAUUUACAAUUUGAGAAGUGCAUAUUAGAACUAUUCAUACAAUCGUAAUCAUAACAUCUAUGUACGUCUUUUUAAAUAUAAAUAUGACAACUAAAAUCAACAAAGAUAUCAAGUGAUAAUGAAAUAAACAAAUCGUACGAAUAUUGUGAUAUUACAGCGUGGCCCAAAAUUACGUUGACAAAGAAUAGGGAAAUGUUGAAAUAAACCAAAAUAUCGAAGUUACCGAAAAUAUUUUUUGGGCCUAUACAUAUUGUAUAUUUCUACAUUCACCAUGGAUAUUUGAACAGCAUUCAUGUCCAUUUUACAAGGUUUGCAAUGUAGACCAACUAAACUUAAAACUAUAAAUUAUAGUUUGUAAUCAAUCUUAAAACCCUAGCCCGUAUUUUAAUAACAAAAAUUACGAUAUUUUACAAGCUAUACUUGCAAUAAGUUAUACGAAAGUUAUACUAGAGAUACAACGUCAUAUCGUUAUUUUUUUGUUCUAAUAUUUGCGUUUGUAGUUCAAAGCCAAAGGAGGAUAUUUUGAAGACGAUUCGAUUUAUUUGGUGAAAAAUUAUUAAGGUUUCCCAUUUUAAUUUGUGUAAGGACAGAAAAUAGUUAUUUGGUUUACAAGGGGGCAAAGUAGUUGUUUAACGCACUAUAUUGAUACCCGAGCAAGCGAAAGAUUCCAAUAU